AUGGGCAUAUCAUUUUGGCUUGUCCCUACUGUCUACGAGACCGACACGCUCAGGAAGAUCACCUCUCUGCGCCCAGUGCCAGCGAAAUCAGCCUCCUCGUUUCCGAAGUUCCACCCACACGUCACCCUCGCCUCGAUCCCUCUGCCAAACGAGCCUGACCGCGAUCUACUCGCUUUAAGGCUACGAGAGAGCAUCCCUGUCGGCACACCGGCGCUCCCUCUGACAUUUCAGUCUGUCGAGGCAGGCGACACUUUCACGCGUUCUGUAUACGUGAAUAUCAAGCCGACUUCGGAGCUCAUGCAUCUGCAUGCUGAGAUACAUACGACGCUGGGACAUUCGCCAAACACGCCGAAGUUCCCACAUAUGUCUCUAUUCUACAUCGGAGAUGAAGAUGCCGACGCGCGCGUUCAGACGCUCGAGGAGCUUGAACGCAUGGGCGUCGUGGUGCAGGGCGAGGAUCACGCAACACUUGACGCGCGUGUCCUUGAUGGUGUCGACAAGGACGCCAUAGCGCACCUCGACGGAUUCACCGCUUCAGAGAUCUGGAUCGUGCGCAUCGAAGGUGCGGUGGAGGAUUGGGCAGUCCUCGACAAGAUCGUUCUCUCCACUGGCGAGAAGUCGCAUCAUUAUGGCUUUGCGCACUUCAGGGAGGCCUAUCAUGAGAUGAAGGACGCGAUGCAUGCUCGUGGCGAAUGA